CCGCCACAGUGCCCACCACCUCCGUCUCUCCAAAUGUCACCUGCCUCUGAGCUCAGCGCCCGCCCCAACCCUGCAGUGACUAUUCCCCUAGGAGGGCUGCGGGCCCUGACUGCUAACCUGUCCCCUCUCCACCUCCCUCCCCAGCUAGCGCCCAGUGCCCGAGAGCCCCCAGAAGCUCGGCGGAGAGAUGGCCGCGGGUGUGAUCUGGCCUCUCUGUGACUUCCGGCUGCCUCUGCCAUACCAUGGGCCCUUCCUGCCCUCAGACCCGGAGCCCCCAGACUCUUCUGAGGAGGAGGAGGAGGAGGAUGGGGAAGAGGAACUGGAGGUCGAGGGGCCAGAGGGCCACAGCCCGGCCCCCCAGAGCUCAGGUUGGGCCCCAGAAGUGGCCCCUCUGGACCCCGGUGGCCCUGAGACGCCGCUGCAGCUCCUGCGGUUCUCUGAGCUCAUCAGUGGCGACAUCCAGCGGUACUUCGGCCACAAGGACCGGGGGCAGGACCCCGACGCCUGCGACAUCUACGCCGAUGGCCACAUGGCCAGCAACUCAGCCAGGGAGCUCUCCUGCGCCAACCUUGUGCGCCUGGCCCAGGGCGAGGCCCCAGAAAAUGAGGCCACUGAGCCCGGGGUCUGCUCCCCUGGGGCCCCCGAGGGGCAGGCGUGCGGGCCGGGCCUCGGUGGGGAAGGGCUGCAGCCGCUGGGACCCCUGGCCGAGCUCUUCGACUACGGGCUGCGGCAGUACUUGGGACCCAGGGCCGCGGCCGGCCGCCGACUCAGGCUGGAGCAGAAGUACGGCCACAUCACCCCCAUGACCCAAAGGAAGCUUCCCCCCUCCUUCUGGAAGGAGCCGGCACCCAGCCCCCUGGGUCUGCUGCACCCCGGCACGCCUGACUUCAGCGACCUGCUGGCCAGCUGGUCAGCAGAGGCCGGCCCCGAGCUGCUGGGCUGGGGGGGCCAGGCCCUGGAGGGGGUGCAGCUGGCCGAGGCCUAG